GGAAAGUAGGCGGCGGGUCAUUGCCAAGGAAUCGGUUGUCGAGGGGGCGUGCAAUUCAUCGCGUCCUUGGUCAUGCGGCUUAUGCACUCGUGCCAACGUGAAUUCUAUACCACUUCGCUCUCGAUACCUUCAUUGCUCAAUUGUUGCACCCCUGCACCUCACGCUUGACGUAAUAAGAAGUUACACGGACUUGCGAAGCGGGGGUCAACAUGGCGCUCCGGCUCUUCGGGCGCCGCGCGGGGCAACUAGGUAGCUCCUUGGCACAAGCUACAAGGGCCGCCGCUGUCGCUACCGGGGAGCUGAGCGCAAGCUGUAGCGAACUCUUCUCGCGUCAAUCAAGCGUGGCCAGCUCCAGUCAUGUGAGGGAGGAGCUGGCCGCGUUCGGUGUUGCGGACGCCCGGUUCCGUGGGCUUCUGCACAUGCGGGGCCUGCAGACGUCGGCACUCGCUAUGGACGCGUUCGAGGUGCAGGUGCCCUCCAUGGGGGAAUCCAUUACAGAGGGCACUAUCGCAAACGUGCUGAAGAAGCAGGGUGACGCUGUGAAGGAGGAUGACAUCAUUGCGCAGAUUGAGACGGACAAGGUGACCAUUGACGUCAAGUACACGGGCAAGGCGCCCGGCGUGAUCAGCAAGGUGCUGAUCAACGCCGCGGACCUGGUCAAGGUCGGGCAGCAGGUGGCGAUUGUUGAGACGGGCGGUGCCGCUGCCGCUGCGGCGCCGGCUGCUGCGGCGCCGGCUGCCGCCGCGCCGCCGCCGCCGCCGCCCAAGCCCGUGGCUGCGGAGCCCGCCAAGCCGGCGGCCCCCAAGGCCCCUGCGCCGGCUCCGGCCGCGCCCACCGGGCCGUCUUCGCCCACGCCCGGACCUCGCCCCGAGCGGCGCGUGAAGAUGACCCGGCUGCGCAUGCGUGUGGCGGAGCGGCUCAAGGGCGCGCAGAACACGUAUGCCAUGCUGUCCACCUUCAACGAGGUGGACAUGAGCGCGGCCAUCGAGUUGCGCUCCACCUACAAGGAGACGUUCCUGGAGAAGCACAACGUCAAGUUGGGUUUCAUGAGCGUGUUCGUCAAGGCGGCGGCACACGCGCUGCAGGAGGUGCCGUCGGUCAACGCCGUGAUUGAGGGCGAUGAGAUCAUCUUCCGCGACUUUUACGACAUCUCCAUCGCCGUGGCCACGCCCAAGGGCCUGGUGGUGCCGGUGCUACGCCGCGCGGACGAGCUCAGCUUCGCCGACGUUGAGAAGAACAUCAACGCGCUGGGCAAGAAGGCGCGCGACGGCACCAUCGGCAUCGACGACAUGGCCGGCGGCACCUUCACCAUCUCCAACGGCGGCGUGUACGGCAGCCUGCUGUCCACGCCCAUCAUCAACCCGCCGCAGUCGGCCAUCCUGGGCAUGCACGCCAUCGUGGACCGGCCAGUGGUGGUCAAGGGCAAGAUUGAGAUCCGGCCCAUGAUGAACAUCGCGCUCACGUACGACCAUCGCCUGAUCGACGGCCGCGAGGCGGUCACCUUCCUGCGCCGCAUCAAGGACGUGGUGGAGGACCCGCGCCGCCUGCUGCUGGACAUCUAAGAAGACCCGUAGGAACACCCGUGAAUCUGUGAUGGCACACACACGCACACACAUCCCGCAGCAGCGGGUGGAGCUUGAGGUGCGGCCUGUGUGUGCCUACCCGCGGAGCUGCCUUGUGGCGCCGCGGAGCUGCCCUGUGGCGUACGGGUAGUGGCGGUCAGGACGUUGGGCGUGGUUGCCUGCCGGCGCUCACGCGUCGUGCCGAGUGCCGAGGCCUGCGGGUGCUGGGUAGUGGUGGGCGGGGGAUGUAUCAGGGCUGUUGGCGUGAGGCGUAGGCGCUGCGUUGUUGGAGGAAGAAUGGUCAUGGGGGGCCGUGGAUUGCAGGAACCAGCAGACCUGAGAGGAGAGACUGUACUCAACGCAGGCUCGGGCUUUCACCCCCGCGGGCCGGGGCCCGCGCAAGCUUAUCUUGUCGUUCCUUGUCGUGUCAGGUGUGCUGUUUUUGGGGGAAUGGUGGGUGUUCGGUUGAGGCCGGCAGUGCCAGUCUGUUUGCUGCAUCCAGGUGCUCGACGUUAUGUGGCUCUUGACACCUUGUCAAAGCUUCUGGGCCUAUGGGUUAUGACGCAUGCAACAACAGUUCUGACCUACGAGCAGAAGGGGUGUUGCGCCCGAGUCAUUGCUUCGAAAGUAUGCCGAGUGGAAGAAUGGCAACCGGGAGACGCUGAGUGGCGCUGCCCAGAACCUGGUUUCCAAGGAGCGAGGUGGCUAGCCUUGGUGCAUCACAGGCUUGGCACUCAUUCUUUGUGGAGUUUGCUCAAAUGCUCAAUAUCCCUGAGUCUGCUUUGUAAUCGCGCGUUUGU